UCCAUCUCUCUCUCUCUCUCUCUCUCUCUCUCUCCUCUCUGCCUCUCUCUCUGCAUUUUUUUUAAAGAUUUGGUUGUGGAAUGGAGUUUCAGAGAGAGAUGAUGGGCUUUGUGCUUGUGUUGGUGUGUUUUUUGGGGUCUUCACAAGCUUAUACUUUCCAUGUUGGUGGGAAAGAUGGUUGGGCCUUGAAACCAUCUGAAGGCUACAGUCACUGGGCUCAAAGAAAUCGCUUUCAAGUCAAUGAUACUCUUAUCUUCAAGUACAAUAAAGGGUCUGAUUCGGUUCUAAUCGUGAAAAAAAAUGACUACUACAAUUGCAACAAAGCAAAGCCCAUUCAAUCUCUAUCCGGUGGUGAUUCCGUGUACAAAAUCGAUCGAUCGGGCCCGAUUUUCUUUAUAAGUGGUGAGGCCGAAAAUUGCAACAAGGGCCAAAAGCUCGAGAUCAUAGUCUUGGCCGUGAGGAACAACACCACUCACAAAGCUCCGUCCCCAACACCGUCGACACUGUCUCCAUCUCCUGCUGCCAACCCAGCAGCGGCCUCUCCCGAUGUUGUUGAGAGCCCGAAAGCCGAGUCCCCGAAUAUCGAAACGUCGCCGGAGCCGGCUCCGUCGACGGUUGUUCAAGCCCCGGCGCCGGCUCCGUCGACUGCGGCGGGUGUUGGUGGUGGUUCGGUUGGAUUAGUGAUGGGUUUGAGUUUGGUUCUUGGUUUGGUCUCUGGGUUGGUUUAAUUUAGUUCCUAAAGGGUUGAGAAGAAUGUAGGAUUUAGGGGCUGCAUGCUCAAUUUGUGAAACUCAUGGGGUGUGUAUUUCAAGGAUUACAUUGUUGUUUUUGGUUUUCAUUUCAUUUUUAGGUUGGAUUAUUGUUACUAUUAUUUAUUAUUAAUUAAUGCAUGGUUUUUGUUAUUAUUAA